AUGAAUGUAAACUCUUCUACAAAUAGUGUUGAGGCUGAAAGGUGCCUAGAUCUUUUAGUAAAUCAGCUCAUUUCAUCACAAUAUUGGCAAGGAACUAUACGAUCUCAUCAAAUCAAAAAUUGCGUAUCAUUAUUUAAUAGAUACCUACGGUUAUCAAAUCAGCAGGAUUUCGAAUGUUUGACUGAAGAAAUAAGGAACCGAGUUGCAAAUGAAGUUAUUUUUAAUGAGUUUCUUACUCAACUAAGUACAGAAGAUGCCUCCGUAAACUCUUCUUGGCAAUUUUAUAAGAAUAAAUUCAUCAAUUUUUUAAAAAAAUUAACGAAUUUUCAUCUGAUUUUUUUGAAUUAUAUUGAAAAAAUAGAGAGUUUUAUUUUUAAUUUGUUACCAGAAAUAUUAAAAAAUUCAAUUAUUCCUUCAUAUAGAAGACCACUGAUUCUUUUAUAUUUACUAAACGUUAUUCUGUUCAUUUUGAGACUAACCGUCUUUAAUUCAAGACCAAUAUUUAAUAGUCAUGCGAAAAUCGAUCGCUACUCAGCAAACAAAAUUAUUAAUAAAUUGGAUGAAUAUAACUAUCCAACAUUUUUAGAAAUAGUUUAUGAAGUAUUAAUGUUCUUAGUAAAUCUCCUAACAUCAAUUAUUCCUUUAGUAUUGCCUAUAAUUACAUUGCACUUUAUGAAUAGGCAGAACAUUCAAAAUUAG